CGGGCCUCCCAGCCCCCUCCCGCGCUGGCCCAGCCUGUGUCUGUAUCUGCUUCUGAUUCUGGCUGUCGGGACCAGGCCCCCUCCCCUCCUUCCUUCCCGGGCCGAGCAGCUCCGCCCCUGGCUAGGACCAGGCUCGCCGCUCCUGCUGAGCCCCCCACCCACUUCUGGCACAGCUCCUCCGCCCUAGCAGCAGCCAGGAGGAGGCAGCAGCCCCGGCGCCCCAGGCCCCGCCCGCCCAGGGCCCUUCCCGGGAGGCCGGGAGACCUGCUCCUCCUGGCCCUCCGUGGGUGAGUGCUGGCGGCCGGCGGCGGGUGGGGCCUCCGCUGGCGGAGGCACCGGGAGCGGGGGCGACGCCUGUCAACGCUCCAGGCCUAGCAGGAGGACUCGCCAACAUCCCUGCUGCUGUGCUUGGCCCCGGGCGUGCCCGUGGCUGCUCCCACUUCUGGGCCUGUGCUGGGGCCGCCCGGGGGCUCUGCUAUCUUGGCACUGCAGAUCCAGCAGGCAGAGUCUCGGACUAUACUCUCUUUCCUCGAGGGCAGAAUCGUUGGGCGGAAACUGGCUGGUCACCACAGCGGCCACGGCCAUGCCCACCUGGCCCUGGGGGCUGCUGCUGACCGCAGGCACGCUCUCCGCCGCAUUGAGCCCAGGGAUGCCGGCCACCGCCGACCCCUGCUAUGAUGAGGCGGGUGAACCCCGCUGUUGUAUUCCGGGCCUAGUGAACGCUGCUCUGGGCCGAGAGGUGCUGGCGUCCAGCACGUGCGGGAGGCCGGCCAAUCGCGUCUGCGAUUCCUCGGACCCGCAGCGGGCACACUCUGCAGACCUCCUGACCUCUGCUCCGGGCACUGCAAGUCCUCUCUGUUGGCGCUCCGAUUUGCUGCAACGGUCACCCUUCAACGUAACCCUCACGGUGCCUCUGGGGAAAGCUUUUGAGCUGGUCUUCGUGAGCCUACGCUUCUGCUCGGCUCCCCCAACCUCCGUGGCCCUGCUUAAGUCGCAGGACCAUGGCCGCAGCUGGGUCCCCCUGGGCUUCUUCUCCUCCAGCUGUAGCCUGGACUAUGGCCGUCCGCCUGCUCCUGUUGAUGGCCCUGCUGGUCCAGGGCCAGAAGCCCUCUGCUUCCCAGCCCCCCAGGCCCAGCCUGAUGGUGGAGGCCUUCUGGCCUUCAGUGUGCAGGAUGGCAGCCCGCAGGGCCUGGACCUGGACAAUAGUCCCGUGCUCCAAGACUGGGUGACUGCCACAGAUAUUCGCAUAUUACUCACAAGGCCUGCCACACUGGGGGACAUGAGGGACCGGGAGGUCACAGUCCCUUAUUCCUACUCAGCCACUGAGCUCCAGGUGGGAGGUCGAUGCAAGUGCAAUGGCCAUGCCUCACGGUGUCUGUUGGACAGCCAUGGCCACCUGAUCUGCGACUGCCAGCAUGGUACAGAGGGCCCUGAUUGCAGCCGAUGCAAGCCCUUCUACUGUGACAGGCCAUGGCAGCGGGCUACAGGGCAGGAAGCCCACGCUUGCCUUGCUUGCUCCUGCAAUGGCCAUGCCCGGAGAUGCCGCUUCAACAUGGAGCUGUACCGACUGUCUGGGCGCCGCAGUGGGGGUGUGUGCCUCAAUUGCCGGCACAAUACUGCUGGUCGCCACUGCCACUACUGCCGGGAGGGCUUCUACCGUGACCCAGGCCGUGUCCUGAGUGACCGUCGUGCCUGCAGAGGUGAGCCUGCCACCCGCAUGCCUUCUUGCCUUACUUCCCCAGAACCCCGGUGCACUCCUGAACCAGUCCCUCAUUUCUGUCCUCAGCUUGUGACUGCCAUCCAGUUGGUGCUGCUGGUAAAACCUGUAACCAGACCACAGGCCAGUGUCCCUGUAAGGAUGGUGUUACUGGCCUCACCUGUAACCGCUGUGCCCCAGGCUUUCAGCAGAGCCGGUCUCCUGUGGCGCCCUGUGUUAGUGAGUGACCCUGCCCUGUCUCAGUCACCUCAGCCAAAGCAAUCAACUACUGCUGUCUAUCUCUGUCCCCUGAGCCCUUCAGAUGCCCCUGCCACCCCAUCACAGACUAUUCUCCCACACUCCUUAGAGACCCCCGUCCCUGGACCCACUGAAGAAAGCAGUCCUGUGGAGCCACAGGGUGAGUGGACGCCGGAGUCCCAGACCGGUAUGACCUUGGAGAAGGGGGCUAUAGGAGACCAGUAUGGGGGAGAGGCAUGGAACUCCGCUAGCCUCCACCUUUUCCCCCUAGACUGUGAGUCACAUUGCAGACCUGCGCGUGGCAGUUAUCGAAUCAGCCUGAAGAAGUUCUGUCGAAAGGACUAUGGUAGGCUGCCUCACCUCAGCCCUUCCAUCUCGCCUCCCAACUCCUCAACCCUGGCUGUACUUCAAGCCUCAUUCUCUCCUCGGGUCUCCCACUGAUGCUGGCUCCGCCCAUUCAGCAGCUAUAUCUUCAAUGUACCUCCCUCUAGUGGGUGACCUCUUUAUGUCCUUCCUAAGCCGGGUGGGUAUUCUGUGCUUCUGCACACAGUCCCUUCCCGCCCUACUCCGCCUGACUCGCUUUCUCACGCCCUUUCCCCUCCCCAGCGGUGCAGGUGUCAGUGGGUGCGCGCGGCGAGGCCCGCGGCGCGUGGACACGCUUUCCGGUAGCAGUGCUUGCUGUGUUC